CGGAACUGUGUAGGUUUAGGUCUUGAGUUGCACUUUUAAAGAGCUCCACUGCUGUGUCGGUACUGUUAAUGUCCUUUUUGUCUAGCUCAGCCUGUUGGAUUUACUGUGGCUUCAUCCACUGUUGGUGUGUACUAUCUCUGGAAGGUAGUGCUGUUACUAUGACAUUUAUUAUUAACGACUGAUCCAUGAUUAAUAAGCAGCUUUGGGUGAGAGUGUCAUCAUCUUGUUGUUAAUUAUUAUAAUACUACUACUAUAUCAUAUGUUAUAUAUAUAUUAUUAUAUACACCGGUAUAUAAACUGUAAUUGUGCUGCUGCAGUUGCUCGAAAAGUUAUUGAAAGUAGUAGUAUUGAAAGUCAAGGGGGAAACAAAUGUAAGGAUUGUUUAAGUGAGUGGCCUUACACAAGUUGUGCAAGAAACUGCAGAAUGCAUUGAGCAACUUCAUUUUGUGUCAUUACUUUUGGAUGUAGCAGCUGCUCAUCUACAUCUACAGCACUUCUUACAGGACUACAACAAGGUGUCGAUUGUGGAAAUGUGAAUGCAGUUUUUGCUUUUGGUCGUAAGAUGAUCUUCCAACUGUCAGUAUAAGUACAGGGCUCAUGUCUGCUGUGUCAGUGAUGAUUGUGGAGCACACGGCAUGGAAAGGAACAUCGGAGACCAGCUCAACAAAGCUUUCGAAGCUUAUCGCCAGGUCUCCAUUGAAAAGGACAAUGCUAAAAAGGAGCUCCAGCAAAUGACUGAAUAUUAUGAGCGAUACACUCAAAAACUUCAAAAGCAGAUAGAGGACCAGCAGCAGCUGAUUUCAAAACUUGAAGCUAAGUUAUCAGCAACAAGGCAACCAUCAGGAGAGAUGAAAUGUGAGCCCUGCAACCAUCUCCUUGAUGGGGCCAGCGCUUAUAGGAAAAUACAGUAUCCGGAGAAUAUGGGCACUGUUGCUGUUGCUCCUAAUAUGCCAGUCAACAGCAGCGUUGACUAUCAGGAUAUGCUGGACGCGUUUGAAGCAAUUCAAGGGAAAUUCCGGCAGAUUCGUUCUCUAACCAGAAGGCAAAAAGAUCACCUAAAAAGAUUCCAUGGAGGAAAUGAUGCAUCAAACGAUCAGCGGUUCUCCAUGCCCAUCCAGUGCACAGACCGUACAGAAGAGGCAGAGAGACCCUUUUCCUCAGCGCUAAGGUCAGCAGUGGAUAUCCCACUUCCGCCCACGUCUCUGGCGUCCCGCGGCGCCAGCCCUGAGGACAGGGACUUAGUAGACUCUCUCACCAAACUCAGUGUCAAAUUCCCACCCCCUGCGGACAGCGAAUAUGACUUCCUGAACAGUGCUCCAGAGAGACACAUUGGUCUGACCAUGCCCACCAAGCGGCCUCUCAGUAGUGUCCCCUCCACAUUGCCAGAGGAGGAGCCCGUGGAAUUGCCCAUGCCUUUUGUCUACCCUACAUCCCCCUCCCACUCAACAUCAUCUUCACUCUCCCAGGAGAGUGUGCGGGGACCCCAGCAGUCUCUCUGGAGCCCUGAGCUGUGUGAUGCAGUUGACGUGGGGACAGAGCUGGCGACGACUCAGAGCAGCAGUCCUGAUAAAUGUGCUUUCUGCUACGCUGAGGUUCCUAAGGACCGAAUGAAAAGCCACCUCUACUCGCAUUGUUCUUCUAAGAGUGAAGCCGACAAUUGACAUUGGAAGCAGAGACUGAUGGGCCAUGGCCACAACUACUCCAAGACUUACUGUAUUCAUGGUCUAGUCCUGCCUGCCAUGAAGUAUAUGCGCUGUACUGGAUUUGAAAUGACACUGCAAUAAGACUUGAAUCCAUUUAUUUAAUACUGAAGAAUUGAAUGGUACACUUUCUUGCCCAUUAUAUUUUUCUAAUAUCUCGCUGAGACUUUACUUACUAAGUGACGAUGAUGCAUAAUAUGGUAUAUAUGAGCAAAUAAAGCCGACAUUUACUCUUGCAACAUUUUUUUUUUUUUGAAUCGUUUUCAACCUCCAUAUGAAACAGGCUGAGAUACUCUUAAGUGUAGCACAUGUUUAAAGACAUAUGUUGGACAAGAUGUGUAUUGACUUUCUUUCUGUAACAUGUUUAUACAUUUUUAUCUGCAACAAUUUGCAUUAAUAACAUGCAACAGUUUUCUUUUAGAAAGACAUUCAUUCUUAGGCAAAUGGUGAUGAAGAUUUGCUUUCUAUAAAACACCCAUGCCUCCUU